AUGCAGGCUGCUGCUCAACUUGUUUCUGAGCAACAGAAGACUGAUGAAUUGCUUUCCAACAUUACAGAGGAUGUCGAGGAAGCAAUACUGUCUAAUUCAGCAAUGUCACUUUUUAAUCUGCUCAACCCAGUCAAUGGAUCUAGUAACAAGCAACAUCCAGCCCGAUUGUUUGAAACUCAGGCCAAUGAUCAACCAACAAAAUCUUUGGUCUUUAAUGAUCAACACGGCGCUCACCUUUCUAACACCUGUUUAAUCGACAUCCGAGCUACCAACGAUAGUCAAGUCAAAAAACAUCGAGGUAAUGAGCGCGCUAGACCAGGUCUAGCCUUUUUGAAAUCAUGUUACUCUGUCCUUGUUCGUUCAGAAAUUCAUUCAUUUUGA